GACCUGAGCAUGCGCACGCUCAGCACCCCCAGUCCAGCCCUAAUCUGUCCACAGAACUUGCAAGGCUUUCAGAAUGGAAGAGGUUCAUCCACCUCCUCUUCUUCCAUCACGGGGGAGACAGUGGCCAUGGUCCACUCUCCCCCUCCAACCCGCCUCACCCAUCCUCUCAUCCGGCUAGCUUCCAAACAGCAAAAAGAACAGGCCCACAUCGACCGCCUCCCAGACCACUCGAUGAUCCAGAUAUUUUCCUUCCUGCCCACCAACCAGCUGUGCCGCUGUGCUCGUGUAUGCCGUAGGUGGUACAACCUUGCUUGGGACCCCCGGCUCUGGAGGACUAUUCGUUUGACUGGUGAGACCAUCAAUGUGGACCGGGCCCUCAAAGUAUUAACCCGAAGGCUUUGUCAAGACACUCCUAAUGUAUGUCUCAUGUUGGAGACGGUAACUGUUAGUGGCUGCAGGCGGCUCACAGACAGAGGACUUUAUACCAUUGCCCAGUGCUGCCCAGAACUGAGGCGACUAGAAGUUUCAGGCUGUUACAACAUCUCCAACGAAGCUGUUUUUGAUGUGGUGUCCCUCUGUCCCAACCUGGAGCACCUGGAUGUGUCAGGAUGCUCUAAAGUCACUUGCAUCAGUCUGACACGGGAAGCCUCUAUCAAGCUGUCCCCUCUACAUGGCAAACAGAUUUCCAUCCGCUACUUGGAUAUGACAGACUGCUUUGUCCUGGAGGAUGAAGGUCUGCACACAAUCGCCGCCCAUUGCACCCAACUGACCCAUCUGUACCUGCGACGCUGUGUCCGCAUCACUGACGAGGGCCUCCGCUACCUGAUGAUCUACUGUGGCUCCAUCAAGGAGCUGAGUGUAAGUGACUGCCGUUUUGUCAGUGACUUUGGCCUGAGGGAGAUUGCCAAGCUGGAAUCUCGUCUGCGGUAUCUCAGCAUUGCCCACUGCGGCCGGGUCACAGAUGUGGGCAUCCGUUAUAUCGCCAAGUACUGCAGCAAACUGCGUUACCUCAAUGCGCGGGGCUGUGAGGGCAUCACGGACCAUGGUGUGGAAUACCUGGCCAAAAAUUGCACAAAACUCAAGUCUCUGGACAUUGGAAAGUGCCCUUUGGUUUCAGACACUGGCCUGGAAUGCCUGGCCCUUAACUGCUUCAAUCUGAAGCGCCUGAGCCUAAAGUCCUGUGAGAGCAUCACAGGGCAGGGCCUACAGAUCGUAGCCGCCAACUGCUUUGACCUGCAGAUGCUGAAUGUGCAGGACUGUGAGGUGUCCGUGGAGGCUUUACGGUUUGUGAAACGCCAUUGUAAGCGCUGUAUUAUAGAGCACACCAACCCUGCCUUCUUUUGAGUGGACAGCCUCUAUCUAUGAUCUCUUUUUAUAAAAAUCAAAAAGAAAGCAAAACAAACAACAAAAAUUUUUGUUUUUUUUUUUAACCAAAAAAAUGUUAAAGACAGUAUAUGUAAGCACAUGCCACUCUCAUUUGCAAUAGCUGUUUGUUCUUUGGGGGUUUUUUAUGCUUUGAAGCUCUUAGGAAUCAGCUUUUGAUUAUUGGUUAUGAUCUACAUGAGGUCAAAGAAAACAAAAAUAUGCCUGUUUCUAUUGUAGCUGUUACCUUCUUGUUUCUGUCUGGGUUAUUGUAGUAGCUUCCUUCAGAGGGCCUCAGCAGGCCAGUCAUAAUGCUACUGGGAAUCCCCAAGAAAGCACUAACCUGAUGUUCCCAAGAGUGCCUCCAUUUGGCCCAAAGGUCCAAACUCCACAUUUGUUUUGAAUGAAAUUUGUUCCUCAGUCCUACAAACUAAUGUGAACAGCAAACAGUCUUGGGAAAUGGAUCCGCAGCACUUUACGAAGUGCUUCCCAAACUUUUCUUUGCAGAUUAAUCACUCCUCACAAACACCCUAGCGUCCUGGGUCUCUAUGCUCAUGCCCGUUUUAGAAUAGUGGAAAUGAGAAAAUUGUGGUUUCAUUGUUGUUGUUUUAAUCCUAAUGUUAUUUUCCCUGAGUCACCCCAGAAAUCUUCCUCCUCUGAAUGUCUCACCUCUUCCUUAUGCACUAAGCCAUUCUAUCAGGCUACUCGAGGAAGGAUAUUCCAAGGUGCUGAUCUCACUGUCACAGUUUCCUAAUUGUCUCUUUCCCUCAUCUGAGCGAUCCCAGUGUGUGCUGCUGGAAUCUAUUUCAUAUCAUGCCCGUGCUCUAUGGUUUGUAAUGCUCUCUGAGCAUGAUUAACAGGCAGCACUAACAGAGAGGGUCUAUCUAUCUGAGGGUGAGAGUAGAGAAAUCAGUUCCUGACAGAUGCCGAGCUGAGAUCCUUUGGUCUCUCCUUGAUAUAAAAAAAGUCAUCUUUCCUGGGCCUUUGCUAAGAGAGGGAAAUACCCUUGCAAUUUUUAAUUAAGAAGUGAUGCCCAAAUGGGCACACCCUUUCACUCCACAAAGUAUUUUUUUCCUUUGCCUCAGUCCACAUGUGUCAGGCACAUCUGUACUCCAGCUGUGAGAGGACUAACCAGAUUUCCCUUUUGUCGUUCAGACUUCUGUUUUUCUUUUUCAUUUAUUUGCUCCUUUACGCACCCAGAUUUCAUUAUAUGUAUGAAGUCUUUUGGAGUUGGGCUCUUAAGUGUUUAAUUGCUCACAAUGUCACCUUGUGUGCAUGUUUCCAUAGCUAUGUGUAUAUUUCCCUUCAAAGGAUGGGUAGCCAACUUCCACAUUUGUAAUGGUGCGAUCUAUGAAAAUGGCAUACCAUCAAUAAGGUUUAGACUCUGGCCCACCAACCAUGUCAACCAUUCUCUGAAAAUAAAUGCAUACCUAUGCACACAUGAUUGCUGAACAGGAAGUUACAACUUUGUAGUGGAGUGGGUGUUUGCCAGUUCCAUUUGCAUAAAAUCAAUACGCCCUGGGGGAAAAAUUUCCAUUGCCUUUCCAUUUGAAGUUUAUUCUCUGAUUCCAACUAGCACAUGAGCUUCCAAAUGCUCCCUCAUAGCUCCCCACCCUUAAUCAUUCACUUCUGAAAACUCUUCUUCUACUUCCACCCAAAAGGUCUGGCAUCCAAAUCCAGGGCCUCUAGACCUCCAAGCCAAGCAUGCUGAAUAUGUUUUCAGAGUAGGCCUAUACCAUGAUUGACAACGGCUUCGAUUCAGAGGCCCCGGUACUGUGCAUGUGUUGGGAAGAAGGAGCUGAAGUAGGGAAUCAUCUGCCUGGUCUGGUUCUCAUAAUGAAACAGUAGCUUGCUUUCCAGACAACAUCAUUAGCAUCACUGAUGUAGCAUUCAAAGCCAUGUACUAAGAGGGGAAAAAUGCAUCAUCUGGCUGGAAAUAACACUAAGAAACAUUCACACAGCUUAUAAAUGUGUGCAAGACCUGAGGCAGCAUUCUACUUGCAAUUCAUGUCCCUUGACUAAGGUUUACUUGUGAGUCAUGGAGGAUGUUCAUUCUGGGUAAUGUGGUCUCCCAAGUGAGCUUCUUAAGAUUCCCUUACUUGAAUGAGUGAAAGCAUGAAAGAAGGGAGUAGACCCUCAUGUGCCAGAGACCAUUGGCUACUCUGUGGCUCACAUGAUUAAAAACCUAUGUUCUUGCCAUUUAAUAGUGUCAAAUCUACUGCUUUCUGCGUAUCCGACAAGGCCAACUCUUCACAAUGAGUAUACAACAUAUCUCUGCUUCAUCCAGUUUCUAACUUCUCCCCCAGACUUCUCUUCAUGAUGUUCCAUAGGGAGUUCAAGGAGUUAGUUUGGAUGUUUGGAGGAGGUAACUGGAAACUGGGUUCAGCAAGUUUUCAAGAGACCAAACAAAAGGCCUCUUUAACAAAUUUGACUGUUUAAAAAUGUUGCUUCCUUCCUGGCUAUGCUAAAUUGAAUGCUCUUCUUUAAAAAUCCUAAUGUUGGAAUCAUUGUGUGCUGUAUGAUUCUCUAGAAAGCCAUUGAUUUACUACCAUCAAGAAAUAAAGCAAUAUGUCAGUAAUC